GAGCGCGGCGGCGGAGUUCGAGCCGGCGGCGGCGGCCGGGGUGCGAUGCCGUGUUAGCCGGCGGCCCGCCCCGAGGUAGCGCCGGCGGGAAGGAGCGAGAGUUGCCGAGGCUGUGGCUGACACCAUGGGCACCGGGCGGGGGGGCGAGGCGGCCGGGCUCCCUGCGCUCCUCGGCUGAGCCCGGGGAUGUGCCGGCGCCCGGAGGAAUUAUUUUGGAACUAGCACGGAGCGGUGGGAGGAGGACGAGCGACACAGCGUUUCGCAGCUGCGAGGAGGUCGUCCGGCGGUGCUGUAUAGGCAAACAAAUAUCACUUGCUGUGUCAUAGCACAUGGAUUUCAGGACCGCCUGUGAAGAGACAAAGACAGGGGUUUGUUUGCUGCAGGAUGGUAACCAGGAGCCUUUCAAAGUGCGACUGCACUUAGCCAAAGAUAUUUUGAUGAUCCAGGAGCAGGAUGUGAUCUGUGUGUCUGGUGAGCCUUUCUAUUCUGGUGAAAGAACAGUAACAAUUAGAAGACAGACUGUAGGAGGAUUUGGAUUAAGUAUAAAGGGUGGAGCAGAACAUAAUAUUCCAGUGGUCAUUUCUAAGAUUUCCAAAGAACAAAGAGCGGAACUUUCAGGUUUGCUCUUUAUAGGAGAUGCAAUUCUGCAGAUUAAUGGAAUUAAUGUGAGAAAAUGCAGGCAUGAAGAAGUGGUACAGGUCCUUCGCAAUGCAGGGGAAGAAGUGACCCUAACUGUGUCCUUUCUGAAAAGAGCACCUGCUUUUCUCAAACUGCCACUGAAUGAAGAUUGUGCAUGUGCCCCCAGUGACCAAAGCAGUGGCACAUCCUCUCCCCUGUGUGACAGUGGUUUGCAUCUCAACUACCACCCCAACAACACGGAUACGUUAUCAUGUUCCUCAUGGCCAGCAUCCCCAGGACUUAGGUGGGAGAAGAGGUGGUGUGAUCUUCGAUUAAUUCCACUUCUUCAUUCACGAUUUUCCCAGUACCUUCCAGGAUCAGAUUUGUGCAGGCAAAAUGCGUUCCAAGUAAUUGCUGUGGAUGGGGUUUGCAGUGGAAUAAUUCAGUGUCUCUCUGCUGAAGACUGUAUUGACUGGCUACAAGCAAUAGCAAGUAACAUUUCCAACCUCACAAAGCACAAUAUUAAAAAAAUCAACAGGAAUUUUCCCGUAAACCAGCAGAUAGUCUACAUGGGCUGGACGGAAGAACGGGAACAAGACUCCCUUCAGGACCGAAUGUACACACCAAAGUUCCUAGCACUGAGGGGAUCUUCCCUGUAUAAAUUUAUAGCACCUCCAGUCACAACCUGGGAUUGGACACGAGCUGAGAAAACAUUUUCAGUUUAUGAGAUAAUGUGCAAAAUUCUCAAGGACAGUGAUCUACUGGACCGUCGGAAACAUUGCUUCAGUGUCCAGUCUGAAUCUGGAGAAGAUCUUUACUUCUCUGUGGAACUAGAGUCUGACCUAACACUAUGGGAAAAAGCCUUCCAAACAGCAACUUUUUUAGAAGUUGAACGGAUACAGUGCAAGACGUAUGCCUGUGUUUUAGAGAGUCAUCUUAUGGGACUUACCAUCGACUUCAGCACGGGCUUUGUUUGUUUUGAUGCUGCCACAAAGGCUGUGCUUUGGAGGUACAAGUUUUCCCAGCUCAAAGGUUCUUCAGAUGAUGGGAAGAGCAAAAUCAAAUUUUUGUUCCAAAACCAAGAUACUAAACAAAUCGAAGCAAAGGAGCUGGAGUUUUCUAACCUGUUUGCAGUCCUUCACUGUAUCCACUCAUUCUUUGCAGCCAAAGUGGCUUGUUUGGACCCUUUGUAUGUAGGCAGCCAAGCCACAGCUUCUGCUGCUCCCACAACUUCUGGUACUGGCAAAUUAAAGUAUUCUACUUGACAUCCCCCAUGACAGCACUGCCACUUAACAAGGAGACAUAAAAAUGUAUAAAUAUCCAUAAGAUUUAGACCUUUGGUGAACCAUGUAUGUGGAAACCAACCCUGGAGGCAAGACAUCUUGCAGCAUCAGCAGAUAAAUGGUGAUGUGGGAUCAUAAUUUCAUCUCGGUUCUGCAAGACAUCAGUAAAUAAUCCUAGUCAAAACCCCAGAAUAGGAUGGAUAUGCUUUUAGUUUUAUCUAUUUGUACUUACAUAGUGCUUUAAGCAACCGUGGAAGCAAAGGAAUAAAUGGCGAAAUGAAGCACUUGAGUAUUUAAUAAAAUUUUCCAAUUGCUGUAAUAAUACACAAAUAGAAUUGUCAUUUUCCUCUUUUCAGAUGUUUUUUAAUGACAAUAUGCUAAACUCUGAGUAUGAACAUAAUGCCCUAUCAUUAUAUUGUAAAUGAGACCAAGCAUACAGUACAUGGUGACAAAGGAGAUAAACAUGAAAAGACAUUUGUGUAAGUACCUCCUCAAAUAAGAAAGCACUUUAAGCACUGUUGUACAUCCACACUUGUUUUCAUACAUGGAAUCAUGCUGCUUUUUCCAUUUUGUUCUCUUCAUCUAACAGGAACAACAGCAAACAUAUAGCCAUACUGGUCUGAUACAUAAAAAACAAAACAAAACAAAACAAGCCACAAAAAGAAAAAACACUUUCAUGGAUAAGUCCCUCUUCUUCAAGUAAAAUUAAUGGCAUAUGAAUUUAAUUUUAAUUAUAAAUUAGUGCAAGUACAAAACAUAGUGUGUCAUCUGUUUAUUUCCUCCUUUUUUUUGUUAAGAAUUAAAUACUGUAAAUCUAACAGUCUUUGUUCACAAGAGUUUGAAAUUGUUUCAGACAAUUCACUUAAUAUAUUGUUUCCAUGGGUAACCUUGAUUUCACAUCAUAGUUGGAACUUAUGUUUCAUUUAAACUCUCAACAAAUAGACAUUUUUCAUUAUACUUUAAAAAUUAUUUUACCCUUUGAAUUCUUAAUAAGUUAUUUAAUAAAUAUAUUGGUAGUAAGACAGGAAUAAAUUGAAUACGCUAUAAAGAAUGCAUUACAGAACGCAUAAUUUCUUUGUUUUUUAAGACCUUUGCAUCAUUCUGGAUCAAGUACUAGUUUCAGAGUAUCAUUUAAUGAUUAAAUAUAAAGGACUUUAAAAUUAUUAACUUUGUUUAAUUGAAAUUUUAUAAUAUAAUUUUUGUGCUAUGACACACACGAGUGACUCGUGUGGAAAAAAGGUAUAUAUUUUCAGGAGUAGUUUUUGGGGUUUCUAUUUAUUGUUUUGAAAUCAAAACUACCUUUUUCCCCCCCUCCACUUAGAUUUGUUAGAGGCACUUAUGAGAUAGGACCACCAUCUUCCUUGUGUAGCAGAAGGAGUAAUUCUAUAACAUACAUUUCUAUGGGUUAAGAUGAUCAAUACUUCAAAAGUGAAGCCAGAGGAGAACUUAUCCAAAUGGGAGCAAUUCAAAAUGCAAAGCAAGGACAAAAGAUGAAUGAAAUUAAGGAGCAAAUCAUGUGUCUGAUUUUUUUGCUUUGCAUUAGAAAUAUUUGGAUUUACUUGUGUGAGAGUAACAUUGUUUUGUAGCAUAGCUGAUCUAAUUUGAUACUAGUUCCAAAUAAUCUGAAAAUAUUUGGGAGAGGGGAACUCUUUUAUCACUUUCAAAUGUCUUCUGUUACACACGUACUUCCUAUUAGUACACCUUCAAGGGCCACACAUUUAUUUUCUAUCCUAAAUUCAGUGGAAUGAUGUAACAAUCCAGCUAUUAAAUGCCACUCUAAGUGGCAUCAAAAUUCAAUCUUUUCAUAGACACCAUAAUGAAAUUUUUAAUAAAUUGUCCCUAAAUAAGGGGGUCACAUCUGAAGGAUAGAUAAAGCUACCAUGGCUGUCCAUAGGAUCUCGAGCUUGGACACAAACCCCAGAUAUUUUGAAUCUAAAGCUAUAACAGUUUAAGAGGUUUAACAAAGGUAACUCAGGCACUGCCCUGGUAUAGAAAGCAUAUACAGGAAACACAAAUUUUGGCAGAGCAUUGACAGUGCUGAAAAGAGAAGCCUAAUAUCUUUUAAUGACAGUUCUCAGUGCUCCCAAAUAAUCUCCUCUACUUCAGUGCAUUACUGUGGCACUGUCACAACAGUGUGGCCAUGUGCUACCACCUCUGCUGCCAAUAGCAGAAUCCGAAACUGGUCAGCUGCUGGUUGAAUAUUUUCUCUUCAACUGUUCAUGUGAUGUGCAGUUGCAUCACUGAAUCUGAGGGGUGUUUAGGAGUCAUGCUUGAAUGAGCGUAACAUUUACCCAAACCAGCACAAAAUAUGCCAUUGCAAAUUUCUGUAGAUGAAGGAAUAUGAAAGCCCCCCUGAAGAUCUCUGUCAAGAAUUCUCUUUAUAGAACACCUGGAUUCAUCACUGAGAGUUUUGCAACUGAGCAUUAAAUACAGAAUAUUUAAGAAACACAUUAGCCUGUAAUUUUUUGUUGUUGUUGUUGUUGCUUUUCUAAGGAUGUAAACUGGUGGGGCUUCAUCAGUACUUUUAUUUUCAAGAAGAAAAGUGCUAUUGAGAGAAUAUAAGAUGUCAUAGCUUUAACUGCAGGUCAGUGUUGAUUUGUAAAUGCAGCAGGCAUUUGUGCAGUGACCUGACAAAAUAUUCAGAGGCGACUCUGCAUCCAACCUUGCCCUUGUAGAGCAACUUGGUCAGAAAUUCAGUCUUGAACCAAAGAGGCAAAAUUUUAAAUUCUGUGUUAUAACUAAUCCUGAAAUAUCAAAAUAAAAUUUACAAACAUAUUAAAUGGCUGCAUUUUGCAUUUAAAUGCCUACAUUUAAAGCAUAGUGAACUCCAUAUGCAUAUGUCAAAACUCAGGCUUUGCGUUUCAGCCUGUCAUUUCACACAUAGAGUAUAAUGAAUACAAAAGUGUUUUUUAAGUCAACACAGACCAUUGACAAUGAAAAGACAGAAUUAUAAUGAGCCAUCAGCUUUUGCUAAAAAUCUGUAUGCAAGUGAUAGCAAAUAUUUUAACAAGAAAGAGUAAACAAACCAAUCCAUAGCAUAAUACGUAAUUUGUUCUCUUUAUGUCAUGAUAUUUUCAAGUAAGUUUAAUAAAGAAAAUUCUUUAUAGUACUGUGCCUAUUGAUGUUAUAUAGUAUGCCAAAAAUACGUAAUCUUAAGUAUAACUAAAUGUAUUUUGCUUGAUUUGGUUUGCUUUAUGAUGGGAAUUUUAGAUUGUCUGGUCUGCACAGAAUUAAUCAUAUGCUAGGUUAUAGCGUUAGCAUAAUUUUAUUAUGGAAGUGUUACAAAUUUGAAUACAUUUAUUCUUGAUUUCAUUAGUAAAUGAAUAUGCUUCAUUUUCUAAAUCUUUUUAAAAAUAACAGUUACAGAUUUUCAGAAGAGCUUUGCAUUCCAGUAACACAAAGGCGCCUUUGAAAUAAAAAUCAGCAUAUAUUUAGCUGUUGGCCAUUUUAUCAUGUUAAUUAAGUACAUCAAGAACUUAGUGGAGAAGAGCUAGUUGUAAGAGGGCUAUUUUUUUAAACCAGUCAUUUAAAGUUUUAUCUAUUAAACUAGAAUUAUUAAGAAUGCAAACCAAUAAUAUACAGUAUCAAUAUGCUUUGAGAAAAGAAUAAUGGAAAAUCUUGUUUUCUAAAUUAGUUCUUGAUUCCACAAAAUGAUAUUUAUUUAUUUUAAAUGCAGAGACUUAUCAGAACACCUCAAAGUGCAUGAUUAAACCUGUAGUUGUCAACACUGCAGCCCGUUACUUUAAAUUUGAUUUGUUUUAUUCAAUGCCUUAAGAUGUUUCUUGUAUCAGCCAAAAUGUUAAAAAAGGCUUGCGGUCUUGAGAAUGUACAACUGUUCCCUUAGAAAUUCAGAUCAGUUUUCAUUCUUUCUUGGCAGUUCCAAGAAAGCUUUUGGAAAUUUUAUUAAGAUUGAAAACACUGAGCCCUAUUUCUUUAUGUGGUGGUUUGGUCUCUGAAAAAGUCUAGUGUCUGAAAAAAAGUUAAAGCUGAUUUUAAAAAGUUCUGUCUCAGGCAGUUAUGAGUCUGAGCUUAAAGCUCACACCUCUGACUGGUUCAGUAUUAUGGGAAACAUGAAAGACUCACUUAAGAUCCCAGAAUUUAAGUACCUGUCUUAGAUGCCUGAGGUUGAACCUCAGGCACUUCAAAAGGGAAACGCAAGGUGGGAAUAUAGCUUAAGAUCUCUGAAGGUGCACGUGUAUGUGUCUCUCUUUCUCUUUGUUUCUCUAAGGAACUAGAGGUGCUUCUAUUUUAGUGUUUUCAUUUUAUCAGGAAUGUGCUUUUUAAGCUAGUCUCCUGCCUACAGCCACUCAUGCAAUUUUUCUUAUCACAGAGCAGUCAUCAAGCACAUGAGCUGUUUCUUUCAAGAUGACACUAAGCAAGCAUCCCAGUCCCAGGUCCUAGUGGGCUUUCAGACCAUGCAGCCCAACUGAAAUGAGUCCAGAGGAAAAAUCCCUCUGAGAUGCUACCAGCAAGAGUGUCAGGUCCUGGUGCCAGCCUUUUCUGGGGCUGUGGCAGCUGCUGCUCAUGCACCAUGAAGAAAAAGCUGAAAAAGCUAAAAAAGCUUAAAAAAGCUGAGCUUCAGUGUAGCCCCCUGGAGCUCAGUGCCUGGAAGGGGAUGCUGUGCUGCAGCAAGGGGCAGAAUGAAGCUGAAAAAGGCUGACACUGCCCAGACAGGUGAUUCUGCAUCACUUUUUCCCUCACCACACCAGUAUUGGCUGCAAGCAGGCUGCACCAUGCUGGUCAGCCCUCUGCCCCUGCUGCAUCUUCCUCCCCUUCUGCCACAAACACAGCCCUGAAUAUUGGCUCUGGGCUCCCCAAGCACCCUUCCAUGUUCCCUCACUCCGGUUGCUCAGACAGAUGCCAAACUGUUUUUAGCUGCGUAAUGGAGCCUCUAAACCUUGUACAGGGCCAGGGGACAGAGUUAAGGUUUAUGGCAAGAGCAAAAUGGCAAGAGCUUGAGUGUGUGAUUAACUUUCAGGUUAUAGCAAAUAAAGUCUUUUCUGUGCUUAAGUGCUUUCCUGACUUGGAGGGAUAUUAAGUGGAAUUACUUUAUUUUCCUGGAAUAAGUUCUAAAAUGUCAACAUAUUUCUACUUGCUUGGCUCCAUUUUCAGGAAGUUUAGCAGAGGCAGUGGCUCAUAUCCUCUUAAAACCAUAAAGAAAAAAACAUUGGAAUGCUGGAAAAAAACACCUCUUGUUCAGAUUCUCUAUAUUAUUACAGUACAUUGCAUAAUCUAUUGAAAUAUAUUGAACAAUGUGCAAACAAAUGCUUUCAUUUGCAUUUCCUUGUCAGUUUUCGCCAUGCUGUACAUGCCUUCCACUUUCAAAAACUUUCUCCACAGGAAUCCCAGCUAUCUGAUACAGAAAUCUUUUGCUAUUCAGUAUAUACUAAUAUAUAAUGCUCUGUGUGUAUGUGUGGGUGUGUGUGUGUGUAUGUAUGGGGGUGUGUGUCUAUAUAUUAGUAUAUACUAAUGGAAUAUAUUCAGUAUAUAUUAGUGAAAUUUACAUAUAAGGCACAACUGUGAAACAGAAGCAUACAUCCAUGAAGCUUUAUAUUUAAAAACCUACAAUACUAUAAAGAAACAUAUGUAUAUUAGUUGAAGAAAUGGCUAUUUUUGCAGGGUAUGCACAAUCUGGAUAUAUGAUAAUAAAUUGAUAAACAUUAACAGAUUUAUUAUUUCAUACCUCCAGGAACUUAAAGAUUUUUUUAAUUAUUCUUAUCCCUUUAGCAUAUUUGCAAUAUAUGUCAUAAAUUUUAAUUUGUUAUGGAUUAAAAUGACUGAAAAAAUGUAAUAGAAAGUCCUAUAUAUUUUAUAAAUAUUAAAAAAAUAAGAAAAGCUAUUCAAAUUAUUUAUUUCAUUUUUAGUUAAGGUUUUGUGAUUGUUUGUAAUAUGUAUUUGUGACAAGCAUAAGUCACCUAGUUGUUUAAGCUCAUUAAUGUACCACUAAUAAAAUUCUAUCUUCUGUUUUGUUUUUGUUAUGCUUCUUUUUGUAAUGGAACAUAGCAGAAAAAAUAGAAAAUAAAUACUUUUUUAACUAA